AUGAAAAAAUGGAAAGGGAAAAGAAGAUGGCACAUAAAUAUCAUUCUGAUGUUCAUUCAUCAGUUCUUUGACAGGAUAAACUACUCCAUGAGAAACACCUUUCUCCAUGACCAUUACAUAUAUUUGAAGUUUAAAAAAAACAAAGUCAUCGGUUUAUUAUCCAUUAUUAAUUCGUCAGUAUGUUUAAUCAUUACCCCCUUGGUUGGGUACUACUGCGACAAGCAUAAAAAAGACAGGAAGAAAAUGCUGCAGGUUAUAUCUGUGUCCUACCUCCUGGUGAAUAUCAUUCACUACAUGUUCAUACGCACCAACAGUUUGGGCCUCAUCAUAUUUGUCACUGCUGUAACGAAGAUGCUGCACGAGUGUUCCCACGUGAUUACGGAAUCGAUCUUCAUAGAGAGCAUAGACCGCGGCAAAAAGAGCAUCAUCUUUACCUACCAGAAACUCAUAAGCACAGUGGCCACCAUGCUAGGACCUUUUUUUUGUCUCAUCCUAUUCUAUGUGUAUAAUGACAAGUGGAACAUAAAAAAUAUUUUUGUUAUUUUCCAGUUUUCCAUAUUAACAAUCCUGCCACAGACUCUCAUAAGUUUCUUAUGGCAGAACAAUGCUGUGGAUCCGGUUAAGAGUCUCGAGGAGACAGAACUGAUCUCCAAAAAAAACGAUAAGAAGCGCGUUUUUUGGCUCUCCACAAGUCAUAUACCGUACAUUGUUUUCGUUUCUCACAUUAUUACCCUAGCUGGGGCAGUAAAAUUUGAAAAGGAAAAAGGAGACCCCCGCGCGGAGGAGAAGCGCCUUC